AUGCGGUAUUCAGCACUCAUUCUCGGCCUCAUGGCUGCUCCUCUAGCAGUCAUGGCUUCUCCAGUGGUGGAAGUUAUGGAGAGACAGUCUGCUAAUAGUUUGGAUGCUGCGAUGAAGGCAAAGGGGAAGUACUGGGGAACUGCGACGGAUCAGAAUCGUUUGACUGCCGGGAGUAAUGCGAAAAUUAUUCAGGCCAAUUUUGGACAGGUUACACCGGAGAACUCCAUGAAGUGGGAUGCUACCGAAAAAUCAUCCAAUACCUUCUCUCUCGACGGAGGUAACUACCUAGUCGAAUGGGCCAUCGCCAACAACAAGACAAUCCGUGGUCACACCCUUUGCUGGCACUCUCAGCUCCCCGGCUGGGUCUCCUCCCUCUCAUCCUCCGCCAUCGAAGCCGCGCUCAAAAACCACAUCAUUACUCUCAUGACCAAAUGGAAAGGCAAGAUCAUGCACUGGGAUGUUGUCAACGAAGUUUUAAACGAACAAGGUCAACUCGACACCAGCAAACCCUUCAUGUCCAAGAUGGGUGAGAAGUUCAUUAAAGUCGCAUUUGAGACCGCCAGAGCGACCGAUCCGGAUGCCAAAUUGUAUAUCAAUGAUUAUAAUUUGGAUCAGGGGAGUUAUGCUAAGACUACUGGGAUGGCGAAUUUGGUUAAGAAGUGGCUGGGACAGGGGAUUCCUAUUGAUGGCAUUGGAUCGCAAGCUCAUCUUCAAUCUGGUCAAGGUGCAGGCUUUGCUGCUGCUCUCACUACCCUUGCGAAUAGCGGUGUGUCCGAGGUUGCGGUCACUGAGCUCGAUAUCGUAGGAGCUUCUUCGACUGAUUAUGUCAAUGUCGCCAAAGCCUGUGUACAACAGAAGAAGUGUGUUGGUAUCACCUCGUGGGGUGUUCGUGACCCCGACUCAUGGAGAGCAAGCAACAACCCGUUGAUGUUUGACGCCCAGUACAAGCCGAAGGCGGCUUAUGAUGCUGUUUACAAGUACUUGACUACUUGA